UCAAUAGUAACAUCAAUGCAUUAGGCAGAGAGGGAGAGGGGAGAGGGGAGAGGGAGAGGGAGAGAUGAUUCUUGGAGUCGUCCCCGGGAAUAGCACCGCCGCGCUCCGGCCAAGCCCCACCCAACCACGGCCCCGGCCCUCCUUGACCGAUGCGAGUGGCGGGAGGGUCUUCCGGUUGGCCCAGUGGCCGGGAGGCGGCGGAGGGUGGACGCGGCUCCCGUCGUCGGCCUUCCGUGCACGCGCAGCCGUCGGGGAAGGGGCCAAGGCCAGGGGCAGCUUCUACGAGUUGCUCGGGAUUCCUGAGAGCGGCAGCUUCGACGACAUCAAGAGGGCGUACAAGCAGAUGGCCCUCAAGUACCACCCGGACGUGUCGCCUCCCGAUCUGGCGGAGGAGUACACCCGGCGGUUCAUCGAGGUGCAGGAGGCCUACGAGACGCUGUCGGAUCCCCGACUGCGGGCGCUUUAUGAUCGGGAUUUGACGCGGGGAUUGCAUCUCGCUUUCUCCGCCAGGCGGCGGGUCGAUGAGGAACUGGAAGAAAGAUCUGGUUGGAGAAGCCGUUGGCAAGAUCAACUUGCAGGGUUGAAAAAGAGGAGCAUGAAUAAGAAAUCAGAAGGCAAUCUGUCUUGGGGGGAUCGAGUGCGGAAACAAAGGACUGAAUUAUCAACUGAAUAGGGACCAUAUAUUGCAGAUAUCGUGUUGCAUAUUAUCUUCCUCUGGAGUCUGAACUUCAGCGGCGAAGCACAUCUUAUCUACAGUGUAAAUUAUGCAAUCAUAUAAUAUCGGUCUUGUGACUUGCCUCUGAAGUCGCUGGUGCUACUUGCUAAAGUCAUGAUGAUGAGGGAAGAAAGUAAAGUUGAUAGAUGGAGAGAAACUGUAACUUAAUAAAAAAAUGUGCAGAAUGAAUGGUGUAAUAUAAUGCUGACAACAAAACUUUGCUAUUAGUUUUACCUUUGAAUGUAAAUACCAUUUUCCUUUCUAUA